GAGAGUAAAGUGACAAUCGGAGAAGGAAAAGCAGCCUUUCCUCCCGGGGGAGCUGAGGCGGCCCGGCGGGCAGAGGGAACCUGCAGAGGGCGGUUUCUCUCCUCUUUUCCUGUCCCACCCAGCCGGCCGCCCCCUCGCCCCCCCGCCCCCGGCCGGCCUCGGCAGCUAACUCGGAGCGUCUUUGCGCUGCUUCCUCAGCUCUGGGUCCCCGGCGGGUCCCCGCGGUGCCUGCGGUUCCCGCCCCCGUCGAGUUGAGCAGGACGCGCGACGCGGCGCCUGCCGUUCCCCUGCAGCCCGUCCGACUGGUAAGAUCUGCACCUCCCUGCAGGUGCCCGUCCACCUGCCGAGAUGACUAGCCUCCCAACCACGCCUUCUCCAGGAGAAGAACCGAUGGCCACCCCAAUCCUACAGGCCACUGAGGCCCUGUCCCCAGAAGCUGAAGCCAGCACAGCACUCAUUGCAGUUGUUAUCACAGUGGUCUUCCUCACCCUGCUCUCAGUCGUGAUCUUGAUCUUCUUUUACCUGUACAAGAACAAAGGCAGCUACGUCACCUACGAACCUGCAGAAGGCGAGCCCGGCGCCAUCCUCCAGAUGGAGAGCAACUCAGCCAAGGGCAGGGAGAGGGAGGAAUAUUUCAUCUAAUGGUUCCCAGACCCCAAGGAGCUUAUCCAGGCUCCAGUGCUAACACACAAUUUAUUAGGUGAAAGUUUUAUCUGAAACCGGUGAGAAGCAUCGACUGAUAUUGGCAGAACUGAGCUCCUUCUGGGACACAGGCACAAGUGCUAACAUCACCGACGCCAGGGACUGGGGACACGAAGAAAGCUGCUCAUGACGUCUCUAGCCAGGCGUUUGUCAUACAGCCGGUGCUUCUGGCUGACCAGCGAGGUUGAGCUGUACCAGGCAACACUGGAAUAUGUGCCCCGUCAUCUUCACUUUUUUCACAGGUCGAAGGGAAGGAGGAGAGUUGGGGGUCACUGGAUGCUCCUCUGUCCCAUACCUGGUCACCUAGUGACAGCCCAAGUGGAAACAGUGUCCCAUAGAAGUUCUUCCCGGAGGCCGGACACCACAGUGAAAGGCCAGGCCAGGAGGGGCAGGAGACUGUGGAGACCUCUCUCCUGAUGAACGUGCCACAUCCCUUAAUCUGAGCCCUUCCUUUCCAUAUUCCCCAGCAAGCCAGACUUCUUAGGCUAUUUUUCUCAGAAUUAAAAUCUUUCGUUGAUACAGAAA